GGGGUGGCCAGGGGCCGUGGAGAUCGAACAGAGGUGUGGUGGGCCGUGGAAAGGGGACACUCCGGGGGCCGAGACACAGAUCUCAGACCAAGCGGGCAGAAUCGUGUUCUCUGGAGCGAGGGCCGCCACCAGGAAGCCGUUGUCUGGAGGAACAGGAAUGGGUGACGGCACAACUUUGUGUGGAGAAGAACAACUUCACGGGAACUUUAUUGUCCUUCGUUAAUCUGCUCAGGCCGUGUGGUGUGUUUGCAUUCCUCGAGCCCUGGGGCUCUCCCGGAUGUGCACGAGUGACAGAGGGGAGGAAGCUGCACAGCCGUUUGGAAACUGCCGGCCUCUUAACCUCUGAUGUAUCUUAUACCAGUGUAAUGUGGACAGAGAAAAUUCUAUCAGCAAAAUAUGAAGCCGUAAAAUAACUCGAAGAAGACCUGGGAGGGGCUUGAAAAGAGUAACCGGAAGAGGUCUUUCCAACGAUGCCAUAAAGUCCAAAAACUAUAAACAGUAUCAAAGGGCAGGUCAGGAAGACUGUUGGCGACGUAAAGAGCCAGUUCUUUACGAGCGAGUAUAUAAGAAGUGCCUGUAAAUAAAAAAGCAAAAGGGAACCGAUCGUGCACAGGAAACGAAGUAUAGACUUUACGCAGGAGUGCACGGAGGUGUGUGAAAAGAUUCUCAGUUUCAGUCCCUUGGUGAUUGUCAACUACAGGAACAGUAAUUUUUUAAUGGUAUAGAAACAAAAUAGUUCACAAUAUGGCAGACCUUAUUAAGCAGAUAGACACGGACUUCAUGAAUUCUGCGGGGUGCUGUUCAUAACCGCCAGCACGUCGUGGGACAGAACCCCGGGCCGGUCCUCACCACAACUGUCUCAUGCUUCCGAAAUGAAAAUGCCUCGUGUAAAAGGGGCUCAGGCCGGAAGACCCAGCUCUGCAAAGAGACGACUUGCAGAACACUUUGCAGCCGGAGAGAUCAUCACUGACAUGGCGAAGAAGGAAUGGAAACUAGGGUCACCCAUCGGCCAGGGGGGCUUUGGCUGUAUAUAUCUUGCUGAUCGGAAUUCUUCAAAGUCCGUGGGCAGUGAUGCACCCUGUGUUGUAAAAGUGGAGCCGAGUGACAACGGACCUCUCUUUACUGAACUGAAGUUCUACCAGCGGGCGGCCAAGCCCGAGCAAAUUCAGAAGUGGAUUCGUACCCAUAAGCUGAAGUACCUGGGUGUUCCUAAGUAUUGGGGGUCUGGUCUACAUGAUAAAAAUGGAAAGAGUUACAGGUUUAUGAUAAUGGACCGCUUUGGGAGUGACCUUCAGAAAAUAUAUGAAGCAAAUGCCAAAAGGUUUUCUCGGAAAACUGUCUUGCAGCUGAGCUUGAGAAUUCUGGACGUCCUGGAGUACAUUCACGAGCAUGAGUACGUGCACGGGGACAUCAAGGCCUCAAACCUUCUUCUGAGCCACAAGAAUCCUGACCAGGUGUACUUGGUAGACUAUGGCCUUGCUUACCGGUACUGCCCAGAGGGAAUUCAUAAAGAAUACAAAGAAGACCCCAAAAGAUGUCACGAUGGCACUAUCGAAUUCACCAGCAUUGACGCGCACAACGGUGUGGCCCCUUCGAGACGCGGUGAUCUGGAAAUACUUGGCUAUUGCAUGAUCCAGUGGCUUAGUGGCCGUCUUCCUUGGGAGGACAAUUUGAAAGAUCCUAACUAUGUUAGAGAUUCCAAAAUUAGAUACCGAGAAGAUAUUGCAGGUUUGAUGGACAAAUGUUUUCCUGAGAAAAAUAAGCCAGAUGAACUCGCCCAGUACAUGGAGACCGUGAGGCUGCUGGGCUACGCCGAGAAGCCUCUGUACCAGAAGUUGCGGGACGCCCUCCUGCAGGGGCUGCGGGCGAUCGGGAGCAGGGACGACGGCAGGCUGGACCUCGGCCUCGUGGAGAACGGAGGCCCGAGAGCCAGGACGGCGACCAAAAAGCGAAAGACAGGAAUUGAAAGCACAGAAUCCAGUGUUGAAGAUAUGGAAUGCUCAGAUGCACAGACAGAAGAGGCCACACAAACCCGUUCGAAAACCAGGAAGAGAGUCCAGAAGUAGAUCAAAUGUUAUCAGCCGAUUUUUCUUUUCUUCCUUUUGCGUGACUUUCUCCUCUUUUUCUGUUUUCAAUGUUAUAUUUCAUGUGAGUCUUUUAGGGUGGGGCUAACCAUGAACUAUCUGUGUCUUUGAAAAAUAUGAACUUUUUUAUUAAGUACUUUGUACCGUGUAUUAAAGGCCAACUUACAAAGUUUAAGAUCUUCAGGUCACACUCUUGGAGUCCCAGGCUGUGUGCGUUUGAGGUUCUGGAGCAGAUGUUAGAAAAACUGCCAUGAUGUGCACUUUUCAGGUCAUUGUACGUUGCCCAGAAUGCACAAGCGUGCUGAGACACAGUCCUUGCCUUGAAGGAAAUACCUUAAAAUAAAAGUCUUUUUUUUUGCGUGAUACAAACACACCAUUUGUCGCGGCCAUAGAUUUGGAUUGUAUUGAUUUUGUUCAGUUCCACAGGCAUUUAUUGAGCACCUGCUGUAUGAAACAAGAGCAGCAAGAAAGGAAAGGGUUAUGGAAGCAAAGGUGGGGUAAUAAGCAGGCCUGUGAGAGAUUUGGAAGCUGGAUGACAUGGGAACGAAGUGAGCACGCAGGUGCACGAGAAGAAAACAGGUGACAAGCUGGCGAGUUGGGGGCACGGUCACGGCUGGCUUCUUUGAAGGAGAUCCUGUGAAACAGACAGACACACAGACAAAGCAGUCUCAUUCACAGGAGAUUAUUGUUCUUGUAAGUGUCAUUCUUUUGCAACAAAUAAUGUGUGUGCAGUAAACCAUGCAUUUGAGAGAUGUAGUGAUCAGAAAUUUUAAGAUUUGGACCUUUUAUAGUUGCGUUGGCGAUAAAAGUUUGGGAUCUAAACAUCUGUGAACAAUUACCAAGGUUGCUUUGUUGCAGAACUUGGGCUUGGACUGUAAAGAGCAGCCACCUCACCACUCACGGGCGUGUCCACUGUUUUCAGAUGGUGUGUAGGCAUACUUGUGUUUAAAUAUUUAAGCAUUAAAACAGUUAUUUUAAUACUGUAUUCAGAACAUGAGUAGCACAUGAAGCUGGUGGUGUCUCUGUUGCAUAGGACAAGCCAGCCCAAAGUAGGUAUUUCUGGGUUUAAAAAAGUGAGUUGAUCUGAAGAAAACCCGAAGUGGAUAUAGUACCGGUGGAGCGCGCACUGACCCACCUUGCCGAGGCUGCGCCGGCUUGGAGCAGCUCCGACCAGCCCCGAGGUCCGAACCCCGGGCCCCCUGACGCAGGUGCUGGGCUGUGGCCAGAAGCCUUUCCCCCUGGAGCGGCCGGAUGUGGAGCCGCGCGGAGCAGGGCUGCGCACGGCCCCUGGGCAGCUCGCCUUUUAAAUGCCUCCUGUGGGUCCAGAGCUGUGCGUCUUUGCAGAAGAGAGACCCGGCUUUGGGGCAGAGCCACCUCCUGUUCUCUGUGGCAUGUCAGAUUUUAGCGCUCAUCAGUGUUACGGUCCCGAGCUUAUUUGUGACACCUAAACCAACUCUCAAGUUCUGCUUCAAACACAUUGACGCUUAAAAUAGGAUCAAAUGUGUGUGGUUUGUGUUUGUGUGUAUGCCUUAGCCUUUCCCCCCCAAAACACAAAAACAUAGCAAAACCUGUUGGUUAAAUAUUAAGAAAACAAAUAUUUCUUCACAUAUUGUUUUUAGCAAGUGCUGGCAUUUUCUCGAAUGUUACUCUGUUGGCAGGGCUGCAGGAAUGAAGAUCUAGUAGCCGUAGUAGCCAGUUGGAUCGAUGGGCUGCAGCUCCCUCUGUAUUCUGCUGUCUUUCUCUUUCUUGCCUGCCUUUGUUUUUUUUUUAAAUGUUCCCUUUAUUUGGGGAAAAAAGAAGACAAUGAUUGAAUAACACUUUUUUUUCUUGCCUCUUUCAAUUCUCUAUUUACCCUUUUCAUCCUGCCUUGUUUUUCUUUCCUUUCCAACCUGUGUUUCGAUGGACCUCACCAGUCUUGGUUUCUCCAGCGUCCGUGUUCUGGAAGGUGGUCCUGGCACCGCGUGGCCCUGCCUUCUCCGCCGUUUUCCCAGGUCGUUAGUGAGCUGAGGGCUCACACCUGUGCCGGGCUCGCGUCCUCACCGAGCGGGGGCAGUGUGUGCUCUCCGGGGUCUAGAAGGCGACUGAUAAAUCUUUGACCGAGCCCCGACGUAAAAGAGCUUCUGGGUCUUCUUCAGUCGUGAUCUCUUAAGACAAAUAAAAUGCUAAUAGGCCAGAGCUAUAAAACCCCAAUUAUUUUUUUGAAUUACUAAAUUAAACGUGCAUAUAAAGGCCUCUGUUGCAUAGCAGUAAAUCAGUGGUGGAAAUAUAAAUAAAUUAUGUAUUUUUAUGUGCGUGUGUUUAUAUGCAGUUGAGCGGUAUGUGCUGGAUUAUCCCUUAAAAUUCUAGCUUGGUGACUCUAUUGUUGUGAUGAUAAAAAUUUGUUAGUAAUACCUGCUCACUGUAGAAAAUUCAGAACACACAGAUAAGGACCAGAGACAAACUGGCCGCACGACUCCCCCCACAGGUGACCGCAGUGGAUGUCUAGGCACCUUUCCUUCCAGUCUUUUCUAUGAGUUUGUGUCUUCAAAUAAGUAUUAUGCUUUAUAUAAAACUUCAUAUAUUGCUUUUCAAAGCUCGAAUUAAAUACCUUCCAUGUCACUUCAGAUACUUUAUAAUUUUUAGGUUUCUAUAAUAUUUUGUCUUGUGGAUUUACGACACUUUCCUGAUCAUUUCCCUAAUAUUGGACAUUUGUUUUUAGUACUGAGUUAUUUGAAGUAAUAUCCUUGGUCAAAUCGGGCAGAAACCUUUGUCCACGUGUCCGAAUACGUCCUUAGCAUUUUGGAAGGGUCAGAGACCAUGAAAAUGGACGGUCACCGAUGCAGGCUGUCGAGUGACUUUGCAGAAGCCCACCAGCCAGCGCUCUGUCUGCUACAUCAGAGCGACAGCUUAGGUUUGUGCUCCGUUGGCAGUCCUGAUUCUUAUAUAUAACUUGGUGAGCUGAAUUUUUUUUGAAGUGCUGGUGAGCCUGAGAAAUUCAGUUUGCAUAAACGCUCACUGUGUUUUCUCCUCCGAGUGUUUGUUUGUGCUGUUUGUAUAGUGACGAUCUUACACCUUCGUGAUGUUCGUUGCCCACUUCUUCCCGUUUGCUUUUUGUUGGUGUUGAUUUUUUAUUUUUAUGAAAUGUAAGAUUUACGGCUUUAAUCUUUUGAUCUUUUUCAUUGUCAUUUCUGCCACUGUUUUAAAAUAUUUCCCAUCCCGGAUCAGAAAUAUUUACCAUGGUUUUCUCUAGGCUUUUUGUGUUAAUGCUCCUGCAUUUCUCAUCCACAUGGAAUUAAUUUUGGUGUACGUAUGCCAGGAGCGAAGGAUCGCAAUGUAGUUUUUUUCCUAAGUGGCUAACCUGUAGCACUGGAACCUUUGUUAAAUAAAUUCUCUUCCACAGCCCCUCACACCCUGGUUCGUGAUGCCUGCUUCAUUAUACACUGGGUGAUGCCGCGCCAGGGUCUGAGUCUGGACUGUUUGACCUCAGUGAUCUGUCUGUCUGUCCUUGUGCCAGCGCCACACUGAUUUAAUUAAUGCCGUCUUAUUUCUUAAUUAUUUGUUUCCCUGGCCACAUUAACAGAAAUCAGAAAGAAAGAAAACUCUCCACCCUACAAAAAUGAAACUCUUGUUCUUUGGCUGCGUUAUUUUUUAAGUGCUGUUAGCAUGCCUACCUAAUGUUUCAUAAUUACAGCCGUCGCAGAGAGAAGGUUUUGUGGGGUUUGGUUUCUCUGCACGUCCCGCAGGUGUCCUGUGCCUCCUUCGUCAGGCUCUGCUGGCAUCAGGAAGGCAGGGCCCGCCGCAGAGUCGAUACCGGACCAGGGUCUUUGGGUAAAUACAGCCUCACACACUAGAUCGGCGAUUCCGGGCGGGACGCCGCUGACCGGCUGGUUUACGCAGCCCGCUGUGCCGUGGGUGGUAUUUUGCCAAUAAAACGCAUACUGUUUCCACUGUA